AGUGAAGGUAGAACGGUAAUGGCAACAAUAUUUUGACAGUCUUCGCACAAUAUGGAGAUUGAAAAUUAAUGUGAACAAGCCUUGACAAAAUUUUCUACCGCCGAAGGAGGCUUGGGCAAGCGUGACUCGAGUUUAAGGGGAUCGGAAAGCCGAAAAAGAGUUGGGAGUGGAUCUUGUGAAUAGAAGAGAAUGCAGGGGGAGGAGGAUUUGGGUGUGGAGGCCAAGGAGACCGCGGUUCGGGAAGUCGCCAAGUUGUUACCUCUUCCCGAAUCGCUUUCUUCCAUCGCUUCAAUCAAAGCUGAUUACGCUCUCCGCCAACAGGCAAAUGACGCACAACUCAGUACCGCUGUCAUGACACAGGUUGAACAAGCACAAUCUGGGAUUGAAGCAUUGUCCGCAUCACAACAGACAAUUCAGCAGCUCCAAGAAAAUUUUCAUCUGAUUGACAAAUUAUGUCAAGAAUGUCAAACACUGAUUGCAAACCAUGAUCAGAUCAAGCUUCUGAGCAAUGCCCGCAACAACCUGAACACAACCCUAAAGGAUGUGGAAGGGAUGCUGUCCAUUUCUGUUGAAGCAGCAGAAGCAAGGGACUCAUUGAGCAAUGAUAGAGAAGUAGUUAAUACUUUUGAGAGAUUAACUGCCCUUGACGGAAAAAGAAGAUUUGCAUUAGCUGCAGCCUCUUCUCACAAGGAAGAGGCUGGCAAACUAAGAGAGUAUUUUGAGGAUGUAGAUCGUACGUGGGAGAAAUUUGAGAAGAUAAUAUGGGAACACAUAUCCAACUUCUUCAAGCUGGCCAAGGAUAGUCCUCACACUUUGGUGCGUGUUCUAAGAGUGGUCGAGAUGCAGGAGAUUCUUGAUCAACAACUGGCGGAGGAAGCAGCUGAAGCUGAGGGGGGAGGGGUGAUGGCUGCAAUAAGUAAUCCUCGGAGAUCUACUAAAAAACCAUUGAUUCCAUCAUCAUCUCCUGGAAACUUAAUCCCGGAUAAGAUAAAAGGUCAGGGAAAGUGUUAUAAAGAUAAAUGCUAUGAAGAGAUCAGAAAGUCUGUUGAGACUCGCUUUGACAAAUUGCUCUCUAAGCUUGUGUUUGAGGACUUGAAGGCUGCACUGGAAGAGGCACACAUGAUUGCAGAGGAGCUAGCUGAUAUAUAUGACUUUGUCGCACCGUGUUUUCCUCCAAGAUAUGAAAUAUUUCAGUUGAUGGUGCAACUCUACACUGAACGAUUCAUUCAAAUGCUUCGAUUGCUAAGUGAUAGGGCAAAUGAGCUGUCAAAUAUCGAGAUUUUGAAGGUUACUGGAUGGGUUGUUGAGUAUCAGGAGCACCUUAUAGGACUUGGCGUGGAUGAAUCUUUAGCUCAAGUGUGUGCUGAGAGUGGUGCAAUGGACCCUCUUAUGAAUGCCUAUGUUGAGCGUAUGCAGGCUACAAUGCAGAAAUGGUACACAAACAUAUUGGAGGCUGAUAAGGUGCAUGAUCCAAAGAAGACAGAAGAUGGGAGGCUAUACACUCCAGCAGCAGUAGAUCUAUUUAGAAUUCUUGGCGAGCAAGUGCAGACUGUGCAGUCAAUCAGCACAGAUGUUAUGUUAUAUCGUAUUGCCCUAUCUGUUAUUCAGGUAAUGGUAGAUUUUCAAGCAGCAGAGCGGCAAAGGCUUGAGGAGCCAGUUGCAGAGAUUGGGUUGGAACCACUAUGUGCAAUUGUUAACAACAAUUUACGCUGUUAUGAUCUGGCGAUGGAUCUGAGCAGUAGCACAAUGGAAGCACUCACUCCUUACUAUGCGGAACAGGUUAAUUUUGAAGAUACCUGCAAAGGUUUUCUUGAGGUUGCAAAGGAAGCAGUGCACCAGACAGUUAAUGUAAUAUUUGAAGAUCCUGGUGUUCAAGAUUUGCUUUCAAAGCUCUAUCAAAAAGAGUGGUAUGAGGGAUUUGUAACUGAGUAUUUAGUUGCCACCUUUGGAGACUACUUUACAGAUGUGAAAAUGUAUAUAGAGGAACGAUCUUUUAGGAGGUUUGUUGAAGCUUGCUUAGAAGAGACAAUUGUAGUUUACAUUGACCAUCUUCUUACUCAGAAAAAUUACAUCAGGGAAGAAACACUUGAAAGGAUGCGAGUUGAUGAAGAAGUUCUCUUGGAUUUCUUCAGAGAGUAUAUUAAUUUGUCCAAAGUUGAAAAACGAGUGCAGCCUUUAGCAGAUUUACGGGAACUUGCUUCUGCUGAAAGUGUGGAUUCUUUUACCCUUGUCUACUCAAGCAUUCUCCAGAAUCACCCUGAUUGCCCGCCUGAGGUUGUAGAAAAAAUUGUUGCCUUGCGAGAAGGAAUACCAAGGAAAGAUGCACGUGAGCCGGAAAACUGCCUGCAGGUACUACAAGAGUGCAAGGAAAUAUAUAACAAUUCUCUCACAAAUGGAGAUAUGACAAAACCUGGGUUCCUCUUUACAAGAUUAACUUGUCUUCCCAAGGCAAGUCUCCGAAAGAAGCUUUAGUUCCCACAACUUGUAAGGUAUACAGAAUCUAUAAAAGCUUUUGAAUAAAUCAUUUUGAUGAUGACUUUGGAGUCAAGUAAAUGGGAUCAUCUAUAAGAACUAAAUAGCAUUUGUUGCUACGGAACUGAGCUGUAUAGGCAAGUUGACCCUACCUUGCAAGCAGGGGCUUCAAUGGCAUGCUUCAAUUUUCUGCUUAUUUAAAGGCAGAUUUGCAGGCAGCUUUCCAUAUAUUAUUUUUGUCUCAGCCACUUAUUAAAUUUUAACUAUUUAUUUCCUUCA